UUCUUGUGGGAAUUGUUCUUCCAACACACCGCACACCGUAAUACCAAUUCUAAUCUAAUAACUUCGCCGAGGGUGGGACGUGUCUCGACGCGGUAUAUAAACAUCCUACAGCUUCCAAGAAGACAUCACACAUCCAUCAAACAAACAAAAAACAUCCAACUAAAAGUGUAGUCAUAUAUACAUUCAAUCAUGCUUCGUGUGAUAACAUUCUUAGCUUUGGGUUGCAUGUUAGCCGCCGCUCAAGCACCACCCAAUCAACCAAUCUACAACCCGAACAACAACGUGCCCAUCGUCAAGUACGAAAGUGAAAAUAAUGGCGAAGCGGGUUAUCGCUACGCCUAUGAGACCGGGGAUGGCACCGCCGCCAACGAGGCUGGUUAUCUGAAAGACCCGGACUCCCCAACCGCCCAAGGUGGAUGCUUUACCGCUCCCGAUGGUCAGCGUUUCGAGGUGACCUACACCGCCGACGAAAACGGUUUCCUGCCGCAGGGUGCACAUAUUCCAACACCGCCCCCAAUUCCAGUAGAGAUUCUUAAGGCACUCGAACAGAACGCCGCCGACGAGGCAAGAGGCAUUGUCGAUGAUGGCCAAUAUCAUCCGCAAAUGUCGCCGGCGCAGCAGUAUCAACAGCAGAAUCAAUAAAUAAUUUAUAGAUGAUAAUGAGCAGUAAACCGUCGAAAAAAGGCCAAAUAUUAAUAUAUUGUACAGACUCAUGCUUUAAAAUAAAUAUUUUUGAUACAA